GAAGCGGCCUUCAGCCGCAAGUGCCCUUCCUCACCUGCACGCGCGGGUUCCCCCGGUCCCGGCACCCGGGACGCGAGUGCGACCACCAUGGCGGCCGCGGCGGCCCUGCUGCGCGCGACGCCCCGUUUCAGCGGUGUCGCCGCCAGCCCGACCUUCCUGCAGGGCUUGUUGCGGCCGCCCAAGGCGCCGGCAGUGCCCGUCCUGUGCCGCGGUCUGGCCGUGGAGGCCAAGAAGACCUACGUGCGCGACAAGCCGCACGUGAACGUGGGCACCAUCGGCCACGUGGACCACGGCAAGACCACACUAACCGCGGCCAUCACGAAAAUUCUGGCCGAGGGAGGCGGGGCUAAGUUCAAGAAGUACGAGGAGAUUGACAACGCCCCGGAGGAGCGAGCCCGGGGCAUCACCAUCAACGCGGCCCACGUGGAGUACAGCACCGCGGCCCGCCACUAUGCCCACACGGACUGCCCAGGCCACGCGGAUUACGUGAAGAACAUGAUCACAGGCACGGCCCCCCUGGACGGCUGCAUCCUGGUUGUGGCGGCCAACGAUGGCCCCAUGCCCCAGACCCGUGAGCACUUACUGCUGGCCAAACAGAUCGGGGUGGAGCACGUGGUGGUGUACGUGAACAAGGCCGACGCCGUCCAGGACUCGGAGAUGGUGGAGCUGGUGGAGCUGGAGAUCCGGGAGCUGCUCACCGAGUUCGGCUACAAAGGGGAGGAGACCCCCGUCAUCGUGGGCUCUGCCCUCUGUGCCCUGGAGCAACGGGACCCCGAGCUCGGUGUGAAGUCGGUGCAGAAGCUGCUGGACGCCGUGGACACCUACAUCCCGGUGCCCACCCGCGACCUGGAGAAGCCUUUCCUGAUGCCCGUUGAGUCCGUCUACUCGAUCCCUGGCCGGGGCACAGUGGUGACAGGGACGCUAGAGCGCGGCACCUUGAAGAAGGGAGACGAGUGCGAGUUCCUCGGCCAUAGCAAGAACAUUCGCACGGUGGUGACAGGCAUUGAGAUGUUUCACAAGAGCCUGGAGAGGGCCGAGGCCGGGGACAACCUGGGGGCCCUGGUCCGAGGCUUGAAGCGGGAGGACCUCAGGCGGGGCUUGGUCAUGGCCAAGCCGGGCUCCAUCCAGCCGCGCCAGAAGGUGGAGGCGCAGGUUUACAUCCUCAGCAAGGAGGAGGGCGGCCGCCACAAACCCUUCGUGUCCCAUUUCAUGCCCGUCAUGUUCUCCCUGACCUGGGACAUGGCCUGCCGGGUGCUCCUGCCCCCAGGGAAGGAGCUGGCCAUGCCCGGGGAGGACCUGAAGCUCAGCCUGAUCCUGCGGCAGCCAAUGAUCUUGGAGAAAGGCCAGCGUUUCACUCUGCGGGACGGCAACCGCACCAUCGGCACGGGCCUCGUCACGGACACGCCCGCCAUGACCGAGGAGGACAAGAGCCUCAAGUGGAGCUGAGCCGGGCUCCGCUCAGGACGUCUGGGGUUGAGGGCCGCCCUGGCCAGUGUUCCCUCCCCGGCGGAGUGCAGCCACAUGGACACUGGCCGCGCUCAGAGGGCUGGCCUGCCACGGCCGGGUGAGGUGGGCCAAUAAACUAAUGUGAAUAGUAAGCCA